UUUUUUUCUAAUGUAUUCAUUUCCUCUAAAUGAUUGUUUUCUUAGUUUUGUUAUAUUGAUUGAUUGUUCUGUGUUAUUGUUGGGGGGGGUUAUUGUGGAGUAACUGCUCUAAUGAGCACCAAUUCUGGGUUUGGGGUAUAAUCCAACUCUGUUUUGUUACAGGGGCUGAGUAUAAGGCAGGGGUGGGUUUUUGGUUAGUGGUUUUCCCUUCACGAGUGUUGUAUGAGUGCUGGUGUAUGUAUGUGUGUGUGAUUGUAUACACAGGUGUAAAGGAAUGGUGAUUUGCUGUAGAGGUCUUACUAUAUUCCUUGCUGUCACGUCUCAGCUCCUGUACCCCGAAUCUCAGACUGCUCAGUCAGUAGGUGGCUGAAAUACACAGGAGAAAGAAGAGGAGGUCUUUAAAAUAGAAAUUUGCCUCAGAAGAAAUGGAAAGAAGUUGCUAUUACCUCUGUGUCUGCUAUGGAUUCUUCAUGUUUCUGUUAAACAAAGGGUCAUCAGAGAGCAUCACAGUUGAAGUUGUUCAAGGAGACUCUGUGAUUUUACCGUGUUCAGCUGGGGGCAAUGAAAAAGACAUAUUCUGGCGGCACAAUAACACAAAGACAGUGUAUGACAUCAUCGAAAGUAAAGAGGAUUUUGAUGACCAGGAUGCUGCAUUCAGGGGCAGAGUCGAAGGUUUUCCAUCAAAGUUCACAGAAGGUAAUUACUCCAUCAGACUGAAGAAUGUGAUCCACAGUGAUGCAGGAAAUUACAGUUGCCACAUCCCUAACACCAAAACUGUCCAUGUAGAACUGAGGCUUAGAGUGUAUCCAAAGAGAUCUCAACAUCCAGAUAUGCAGCAAAACGGAGGAGUCGAUAUUCAACCUGUCAAUCUGUUGUGUUUUUCUGCUGCUUUGUUGGGACUGAGUGUUUUGCUUUUUUGACCAUUUGAACAAAAUCUGAAUGAUCUCUUUUUCAGUCGGCAUGGUCAAUUUAUUAUUAUUCAAAAAAAUCAGAAUUUAAUCAUUUAAAAUAAAAUUCUGAGGUUUUUUUUGUUUGUUUGUUUGAUUAUCCAUCAAAUACUGUGCAUGGAUCAACUAAAUGCAAUUUUACAUUCUACAUAUCAAAUAUUGAAACAG